GAUUGUAAGCAGUGUUGCAGGCCUACCGGUUGGGGACCUAGGUGAACUGUACAGCUACUUAUAUUUACUCCUCUUUUUUCAGAGCAUGAGUUCUAGGAGCCGGAGAUCCCGGUCAUCCUCUAGGGGGUCACCUAGAAGGAGGAGUCAUCAUUCAAGGAAGGCGGUGGAAAAAGAGUGUUCAAUAUGUGAUAAUCCAGCGAUGCAUAACAAAAAAGUAUGCCUAAUGUGCUGGGAAUCUAUGUCUGGCAAAAGAGCAGAUGAUCAAUGGAGUGCUAUGAGAGACUGGUUUAAGGAGUCUAUGUCUAAAUCACUGGAGGACCUAGUAGGAACUGUGACAGCUAAUGUGAUACAGAAAGUGGGUCCCAGUGCCCCAGUAAUGGGGAAAGAGAGCCGUGAUCCUAAGGUGCCUGCGGAGUGUGAAGCACGUCAGCAGGGGGCAGCAAGGUGUAGCCUUUCGGCUACUUCAGAGGAGGAAGAGGAGCUAAUUGUAUUGGAUGAAGAUUCCUCGUUUGAUUUGGAUCUAAUAGAACCUCUAGUAAAAGCUGUCCGGAAAGUAUUGGAACUAGAGGACACUGAACAAGAGAAAAAGCAGGACAGAAUGUUUAAAUCAUCAGGAAAGAAAGAUCUGGUAUUUCCAGUCCACGAUGUACUGAAAGAUAUUAUUAAGGAAGAGUGGGCAGUACCAGAUAAAAAGUACUCAGAACCUAGACACAUGAAGAAGAUGUACCCGUAUGCGGAGGGGGAUGUGAGUCGGUGGACCAACCCCCCCAAAGUGGAUGCUGCCAUCACAAGGGUGGCUCGUAAGACCACAUUGCCAGUGGAUGAGGGGGUUUCCUUGAAGGAUCCUGUAGAAAGGAGACAGGAUACAGUGCUGAGGAAGGCCUAUUCAGUUUCGGGGCUACUCUGCAAGCCAGCGGUAGCAGUCACGUGUGUGGCAAAGGCAUCCAAAAUCUGGCUGCAAGAGAUAGAAACUGAGCUGCAGCUUGCUGGAGACAAAGACAAGGUGGGUCACCUAGUGGGUGAUAUAAAGGUGGCUAUUGAUUUCAUCACGGACGCAUCAUUGGAGGUGCUGAAAUUGGCAGCCAGAAAUAUGGGGUAUGCAGUGGCAGCUAGGAGGAUGCUGUGGCUAAAACAUUGGCAAGCAGAUACCCCUUCCAAGUUCAAUCUGUGUGCGCUCCCUUUCGAGGGGGAGUUGCUGUUUGGGCCAAAACUUGACAGUAUUAUUUCUAAGGCUUCGGCGGGCAAGAGCUCCUUUUUGCCGCAAGAAAGGCGUGUGAGACGUCAGCCAGUCCGUGCAGGCUGGGCGGACAGAAUGCCGUUUAAGGAUGCCAAGACCUAUAGGCCUGGAAAGCAAUUUGAUAGGCAGCCCUUUUGGAGAAAUCGCGGGCAAAAUCAGCUCAAAAAAGAGUUCAAGCAGGGAAAGCCUAAAUCGUUCUGACGGUGUUCAGGCCCAGCUGCCGCCAGUAGGGGGAAGACUACUUCAAUUCCAGGCAGUCUGGGGGAAAACUACGAUGGACAGUUGGGUCCGGGAAGUGGUAUCCUUAGGUUACCACUUGGAGUUUUC